UAGAUUUAUUUCCAUUACUAGAGUGUAGAGUAGAGUCUACAUCCUGACUUGAGUUGAUUCUAGAUCUAGAUCUAGGACUACAUUACUCUAGAUCCCUCUCUAUGUUCUCUGUUCUUAAAAAAAAACACUUUCUAGACCAUUAAAUCAAGUCUGAAUAGGACUCACUGACACUCAUUUACAUCUAAUUACUAAUAGUAAUAGUAAUACCCGUAUUAUAAUUAUACCGGCGACUAUUUACUAUAACUAUACCGAAAUUGGAAAAGUUCUGCUUCACUUUCUCUUUAUUAAAUAAAAACUAAACUAUUGCUAUGGCUGCCAUUGGUGCUUAUUUGUCUGGAAUAUUAGGUUUGGUGUUACGAAUAUUGUUAAUGCAAACUUCCUUCCCCAAAUGGUUACAAACAAUGAACGAAGUAGUUACACCAGUUACAGCGUGGGACAGAGUUGAAGAAGGCUUUUCUUUACAAAAAGAAUUUGUUUCACCAUAUUCAGGGGACCUGUUGCAUGAGACACCUUUGGCUUUGCGUUUCCUGAAAACUGCUUACUAUGUACCAUUUGGAGUCAAAGGCUUUUUUAUAAUGAUAGAUUUCUUCACAAUGAUAUUAUUGUACAAGAUAGCAGCUCUUUUCAAGGAUAGUUUGAUCAGAGAACAAAAUAUUGAAAAGAAGAAGUAUUCUUUAAAAGCUGAAAAACUAGUUUUAACCCCAGAAGAAGUAUCAUCUUUGCCAACAUUAAUCCUGACAGUCCAUGCAGUGAACCCCUUCAGUAUAAUGACUUUGCUUGCAAUGUCUACAGCAUCUUUAUCGAAUCUAGUCACUCUGGCUGCUCUGUACUACUUCUUGAAAGGAAACCAACUGAUGUGUACACUGUUUCUGGCUGUUUCAACAUACCAAACAUUUUAUCCUGUUAUAUUUAUUGUUCCAGCUGCCUUACAGUUUUAUUUGUUGAAAGAAAAAGAAGUGAACCCACAGUAUGAGUCAUCAAAGUCCUACUGGAGUAAAGAAGCCAUUACAAGCUAUCUACAAACUGUUGGAUUGUUUCUUUUCUUUGUGACAUUUCUUUUAGGAAUUUCAUACUUGUACUUCGAAGGAUCUUUAGAUUUUAUCUACUCAACAUAUGGCUUCAUAUUGACAGUUCCAGAUUUAACGCCAAAUGUUGGAGUUUUUUGGUAUUUUUUUACAGAAAUGUUUGACCACUUCAGAACUUUUUUUGUUUGUGUGUUUCAAUUGAAUGCAGUUAUCUAUACAGUUCCUCUAACUGUUAAAUUUGCAAAAACUCCAUUUUUUCUGCUCUACAUAUUGUUGUUCCUAACGUCCAUUUUCAAAUCCUAUCCAAGUUAUGCUGAUGCUGCACUGUAUACUAGCUUGUUGCCUUUAUGGAGACAUACCUUCUCAUAUUUCAGAAAUUCACUUUUUGUUGGAGGCAUGUAUAUCUGCUGUAUGGUCUUAGCUCCAAUACUUUAUCAUCUCUGGAUAUUUGCCGGGAGUGCCAACGCUAACUUUUAUUUUGCAAUUACAUUGACAUAUUCCACAGCUCAGAUAUUCCUUGUCACAGAUUUAUUAUUUGCUUACUUAAGGAGAGAUUAUGAUCUUUACAAUGGGACUGAACAUAAAAAUGUUGACGGGACAAAAGCUGCCAUUGUUUUAGAAUAGUUUCUGUAACAUUCCUUAUAAUUCAUCUGUAACAUUAACCCAAUUCUGUAUAUAAUUGUCAUGUGUUUGCAUUCGUUGUUUCAUUACAUUUUUAAACUGAACACAUUUGUGAAAACAAAAUUUUCAUUUUUUCUGUUGUUUUUUUUUUGGUGUUUAUUUAAAUAAAAACUUUUUAGAAAAAGAAACAUUGUUUGGAUUAUAUAGAACUAUAAAUAAAUAAUUCAAACUGCUUAUAUUCA